AUGUCGGAAAGCAGGAUUGGUGUGGGCAGGUGCCUUGAAGACGAUGCAGAUGCUGGAAUCUGGAGCAGUAAGCGAUCUGCGGCAGGAACUCAGCCGGCCGAGCAGCUUGUGUGGGAGGAGAGGCACCUGCCGACUCGAAACCCGCUGUCUCUGCACCGCGAGGCGGUGCCCAGCACCGAGGACUUCUCCGAGAAACGCCUGCUGGCCUGUCCGUGCCCCAGAGCGCGCUGCGGAUGGGAGGGUCCCCUGAGCGCCCUCCUGCUGCACCUGACCACCAGCCACCGUGGUGUUGCCAGGCUGCAGGGAGAGAGCGUGGUGUUCCUGGCCUCCGGCGUCCACCUCCCGGGCUCGGCAAGCUGGGUGACGGUGCAGUCCUGCCUCGGACACCACUUUGUGCUGGUGCUGGAGAAGGAGGAGCGGCGACAGCGGUUCCUGGCCUUUGUGUUGCUGCUCGGCACGUCCAGACAAGCGGAGGGCUUCUCCUAUCGGCUCCUGCUGAACGGUCACCGCCGGAGACUCGCGUGGGAGGCCACUCCGCGAGGCGUGGCAGAGGGACCCGCCUCGAUCAGCACCAGCACCGACAGCCUGGUCUUUGACACAGUGAUGGCCCAAACGUUUGCAACUAAUGGAAGCCUUGCCAUCAACGUGACCAUAUCCUCCUGCUGAUAGCAGGAACCGCCUCAGUUCCUAUUUCAGAUGUUUUUGAAAGCAAAUAUUUUAUACCUAGCCCGUGAGCUUACUGAAGUUUUUUAUGGAUCAAUUUUCGUCUCCCCUCCCCUGGAACAAAAGUGUUUCAGCUUUCCGGCUCCAGCAUGGGCACUGUGAACGUUUUUUUAACCUCCUCCUGCAAGUCGGUGGUCUGCAGCACGGACGUCCGCAGAAUGAAGAACAACUCAAGCUGAGAACUGUGACCUGGUAGUAAGAUGUGGUUGUCUUACAAAGUUACUGUAAGUACCAGCACUUUGUAACUGGUCAUUUGGAUGUGGGUAAGACUGACUCGGGGGACCAUCUGCUGUUGAUCCCUAACUGCUCCCAAUCCGAGAAGCUUGCUGGGUGUAGCGUUGUACAGCGCAGAAACAGGCCCUUCAACCUACCGUGACUGUUGAACCCCUCUGUUCUAAUUCCAUCUCGGUGCGUUAGUGCCGUAACCCGCAAUCCCUUGCUAACUGAAGUGCUCCUCUGGGCGUUUCUUCAAUGUGUGACAGUAGUGCCUCCACCUCCGACAUAUUCCACAGUCCUCCCGCUCUGGGUGGAGGACAGAAAUCCUCCUCCAUCUCCUCGAGACCUCCCAAUUCUUACCUUAAACCUACGCCCACUUGUCUUAGUCAACCACACCAUGGGAAAAGGAUCUGACUAUCUACCACCCUCGUAAUUUUGUACGCCCCUCUCAGGAUAUCCCUCAACCUCCUCCACUCCAAAGGAAACAAAACCAACCUAUCCAAUCUCUCCUGACUACCAAAGUACCGCAACCCAGGCAACAUCUUGGAGAAUCUUCUCUGCACCCUCUCCAGCAUCUCCUUCCUGUGGUUACGGACAAAACACCUCAAUGGGGCA